AUGCCAGCUCUUGUUGACGAGGAUGGUGACGAGCACAAGUAUUUGGUAGUUGACAACAUGCCCAAGAAGGCAACGCCCAGUCCGCCUGUGGUGCCGCUUUCAGCGAGGAAGCCAGCCCCUGGCGGAUAUGGCUUCUUUGUGCGGGAAACGGUGGAUGAGGAUUACGAGCCAUCCGAGCCACGAUCUCCAAGGAGCCGCCCCGCCAAGAGGAAGCAGGCAGCGCGAAAGAAGACAGUUCUUUCAGGCUCUUCGAAGAAGACUCGAGUGGCCAGCGCUGACAACAUUGAAAAUAGCUCUGUCAGCAAGAGCGUCGCCGUCAAUCCUGCAGCUUCCACGGAGGAUGAUGCAGCUGUCCUGCCUGCUGGCGAUUCCGAAGGAACAGGCCAAGCACGAGAGCCCGGCGCUCCUGACGGCGGUCCAAAGGCCGCAGGCAGCAACACCAGUACUGAAGAAGCAGCUCUUGGAAACGUGUCAGCAGAUGCCAAAGAUGAAGGAGAAAGCGCGCAGGAUGCGAAUGGCGACAAAGCUCCGGAAGGCGAGCGGAAAGAAAGCAAUGCUGGAGUCGAGGAGCAAGGUGGGCUCUCGAAAGCUCGCGUCGUGAUUGAGCAUGCCAAGACUCCUCGUUCAGUCUGCCGGAUCUGUGGCAACAGCAUUGACAAAGGCAGCGUUCGCUGUGGUGUCCAAGGCUAUGCUGGGGGCCGGACGGUGCAGCUCUGGGCUCAUGCAAACUGCUUUCUGAAGAACAUCCGUGCGGACUAUGUGACGUCACGCCGCUGUCUCUGCAAGGCUACCGGAGAGCAAAUUGAAGUCGGGCACAUCCGCGUUGGGUUCGAGGUUGGGAAUCACAAGUCUUGGAGGCUGCCUGCAGAGGCCGCAAGGUGGACAUCUCUCGUGGUGGCCGAACUUGGGGAGGGUUCUAACGUCUUGUCAACUGUGCAGGGGCUAGACGACAUCAACGAGGAGCAUCGAGGUCCACUUCUUGAGCUGUUGCAGACAGGUAAAGCUCCAGAGAUCGAGCUCAAACGGGCCGUGGCUUCUGCCGCCAAGCGCCCUCGUCCAAAGGCAAAACAGCCUGCAAUGAAGACUGCUGCCAACAAAGCACCUGGAGCUGCGGACCCUGCAGCAAGUACUCAAGCAGAAGAGGAGGACAGCGACGUUGAAGUGGCACUGGACGCCCCGCCGCCUCUGAGGCCUGGCAGAGCACCACUGGACUUAGAUUCAGACGGCUAG